UUUUUAAAGGGGAAAAAUAGAAACAUGGGUCAGUGUUUGAGUAUUUCUAUCUAAAUGGAUAUGCUUUAUUAGUAAUUUACUAAUUUGUUCAUUGUAACAGCCUGAACGAGGUGACGAUUUAUUUGUCUGUUUAUUCGCUGAAACGCGGGAUUCGUUAAUGCGCAUAAGAAAUUAGCAUCUCUGUAGCUUCACCGAGGCUAGCAAUGGUUCCCAGCCGCUGCGGGUAACUUGGACUUACCCGGGGGCAGCGAGCAGGAAACGGGCGCCAAGGUUGAUUUGGUGAUUUGAAAGGACCAGAUUUUGCUACAAUGCAGUCCAAGCUCGGACCAGAACAUGAGAAGUCACAAGACUCAGGUGUACUGACACAACAUGCCCUUUGGUCAGUGGAUCUCAGUUUGACGCACUUGGACUGGAGCCCUGAAGCCACCCUGAUACACUUCCAGGGACAAUACCCUUCCAUAUGUGAACUGGACUACAACAUAUUGCAGCAAGAACUUCAGAAUGUACCAAAGACUAAAGCCGCAGUGGACGUUGCCGAUUUCUGCCUAGUUGAAGAUGUGACUUCAGCUCGCUGGUUCAGAGGAAGAGUUCAAAACCGAAAGGAGGACUUGGUUGAUGUUUUCCUCAUAGAUUGUGGAAACGUGCUGAGUGUCGACAUUGCUCGCAUAUCUUCCUGUUCGGACGACUUGUUCAUCCUGCCUCCAAAAAUAGUCAGUGGAUUUCUGGCAAAUGUACUGAUUCUCCAGAAUUGUUCUCACUCUGUUGUUGAACGAUAUUUGUCAAGCCUGACAGGUAAAAAUGUCACAGGUUUUAUCCAAGCACUUCUUCCUCACAAAGUCCUUCUGUUUGAAGCGCCUGACAUCAACUCUGACCUUGUUCGACAUGGCUUUGGGAGACAUGUGGACCGAGAUACGUUCCUCCUCCUGGUUAGCAUGCUUACAGAGGUGCCACUCAAACAAAACAUGGAGCCAGUUCCUGACCUGCUCAUUGAAAAAUCAAGAGGCCAAGAAUUUUGCUACAAAUCAUCUAGCUUGCAGGGAUAUCAGGACAUGUUGUCAUUCUGUGGGCCUAAAUUUAGUUUUGGGAAAUACUCUAAAGUGCGAGUAACUGCUGCUGUCCAUCCUGGGCUGUUUUACUGUCAGAUGGCUGACACAGCAGCAGAGCUGUUGCAAGUUUCAAAAAAGCUGGCUGAAAUUUGUGAGGACAAAACCAAAGGAUGCAGUCAGAGGACUCCAGAGAACCUUGGUGUUCUGUGUGCAGUUAAAGGAAAAGAUCAGAGAUGGCACCGAGGCUUUGUGCAGCUCCUGCCAGCCAACUCUCAAGUAAGAGUUUUCUUCAUUGACUACGGUUUCUUUGAGACAGCAAAAGUUGAGAACGUCCACAGCUUACCUCCUGAAUUUUACUCAAUGCAAAUAAUGGCGUUUCCAUGCACACUUCCCCCUCUGGCUGACCAGGACUUGGUGUUCAGAACUCAGCAGAUGAGUCUCCUCAAGGCAGGACUGCUCGGAGCAGUUCUCGAUGUGGAGAUUACUGGUUUUGAUAAAGAUAAUCAUUUGUACACCAUCACAGUGCUGAGUGCCAAAGACAAACACCUGGAAGAACCAGAGCCGAUCCUAAAUCUUUCCUCCGAGCCACUUUCAGAUUUUGAGGAACCGUCCCCUCAGGAUCGAUAUGAGAAUUACGAGAAAAUCCUGGGUGAAGCUUUAUACAAAACCCUUGAAGCAGAGGAAAUUCAGGUUGGCUCCUUUUUCAUGGGCUAUGUUGAGUAUGUUCAGGAUCCAAACCACUUCUGGAUCAGAACCCAGAAACGCAACCAGGAGCUUGAGGAAAUGAUGGCCAAAAUAGGAGAGCAUUUCAGUCAGGUGAAGAUGGAUGAAGAUGUACUGCUGAAUCUGGAGGUAGGGGCAAUGUGCUGUGCUCUGUACAAUGAAGACUUUCAUUUCUACAGGGGUGUGGUGACAGACAUUCUCGAGCACGGAGCCGAAAUCCUUUUUAUCGACUAUGGGAAUGUUGAAAAAGUGCCACACAAGUUGAUAAAGAACAUACCCAAAACAUUUGCUGGCAUAUCCCCCUUUGCUGUCUGUUGCACACUUGUGAACACUUUUCCUUUAGAUGACGUCUGGCCUAGCGCAACAUGUCAGUUCUUCAGAAAAGCUGUGUCCGGCAAAGCUUUGCUUGUCCACCUAAUCCAGAUGAAAAAAAACACAUUUGUCGUCGACUUGUUUGAGAUGGGAAGCGACAAAAGCAUUACUGAGGCCUUGAUCUCUUCCAAACUGGCUGAGUACAUUCCAUGUGUACCUGUGGAGAAAAAACAAGAUGUUUUGGAUAAAGCAAGACAGCUACAAAGCUCUGAAACAAACAUGAGAAAAGAGCAGCGGCAGGAUUGUAAAGGAGAAGUGAGCCUGUGCAGAAAUGAAACUAAGAAGAUUGAAGUUCAUUCUUGUUACAAAGCUUUAAAAUUCAAGCCAGGGUUCGAGGUCUUUGUACGCUGCUCCCACAUUAACUCUCCAUCUGACUUCUGGUGCCAGGCUCUAGAUGGAAGUCAAGCUUUGGAGAAGCUCAUGGACGACAUCCAGCUCCAUUACUCAGCUCACACAGUUCCCCUCCAUCCAGAAGAGUUGUGUUGCAUUGUAAAGUCACCUGAAGAUGGACGCUGGUACAGGGGUUUAGUCAUUGGACACAGGAAGAGCCGAGACAUCGUGAUGCUGGUUGACUACGGUUCCAUUAUCCUGGUCACACCUUCUCAUCUUCAGGGAAUUAUGCCAGAAUAUCUUCUCUUGGAAGGACAAGCUUUCAGAUGCAGCCUUUAUAACCUCAUUGAACCAGCAGAUCCAAAAUACUGUGGCGAUUGGAGUCCCCAUGCAUGCAACUUGCUGAAAAGUUUUGCCCUCAACAGUGAAGGUGUUCUGAAAUGUAAAAUUUCAUCCCUGUUGAAUGUGAAAAACAAAGGCAUUUGCAACGUCGUUUCUCUCCAUAACACCCAAACACAGCAAAGCGUUGCAAAUGCACUUAUCAAGGAGGGACUUGCAAGAGUAGCAACUUCAUUAACGAGGAAAAACUCUGAUGUGUUCCCCGAGUCUUACAUCUACUCUUCGUUUGACCUAAGUCCUGGAGAUGAAGAACAGGUCUAUGUUACGCAUGUCAACAGCCAGUGUGAAGUCUACUGCCACCUCGAGAGGAACACAGAAAUCAUUGAAGAACUGGAGAUUAAAAUCUUAGAGGCAACUGAAAACAUUCAAGCCAGGACAGGAGCUGUUGUGAGAAAGAUGUGCCUCGCAAAAUACUUGGAUGGCAAAUGGUACAGGGGUAUAACCCUAAGUGUUCAGUCAUCCCUGCAUGUUGGUGUUUUCUUUGUUGACUACGGAAACACAAACAUAUCCGAGAGAAAGUCUGUCAUGUUCAUUUCCAGGAGGUGUGAAGAAUUGUUGUAUACGCCAAUGCAGGCUGUAAGAUUCAACCUCCAUUCAGUGCCCACAGAGGAACUCUAUGCAGAUGCCCUGGAGUGGCUCAUCAAUGCAGUCCUCAAUAGACUGGUGAGAGUUGUUGUGCUAGGAAAGAGGGAUGAUGGAUCAUUUGAUGUUGAGCUGUUUGAUGGAGAGAUCAACAUCAAUGAGAAGUUGAAGGAGCUCAUUUUGAGUCUUUCCCAGAAACCAGAGACUGCAGUCAGAUUUUCUGUAAGCUGCAGAAAAACAAAAAAUCAAAACCAGUACAAAAACCGUGAUAUAGGCACAUUCAAAACUCUACUAAAAGUGCACAGUUCAUCUCCAUCUAAAGUUAUCGUCGCAAAACUGAAAAACACCCAAAAUUAUGCUCUUGGUAGUGCCCCAAACAGGAAGGCAAUAGCCAAACAAGAACUUGUGCAAAAUCAAAAGAGGACUGGUCCUGUAAAACCUCAAAUCAAGUCCACAAGUGAAAACCAACAUACAAAGCAAACACAGCACAGAACAGAAAAAGGAACGCACCAACUGGUGCGGCUGGCAUACAAGAACAUAGAUCCUGGAUGUAGGAUAAAAUGUUUUGUGUCCCACAUUGACUCCAUCAAUAGGUUUUACCUCCAGGUGUCAGAUGACGAAUCUGCCAUCCUGAAAAUGGGCGAAGAUCUCAACUCAAGUGACUUCAAAGAUUCCUUGAAGCUGGCCUCACCUUUGACUGUCAGUGAUGCUGUUUUGUCAGAGUUUGAGGAGGAUGGAGCUCUGUAUCGUUCAGUCGUGAAGAACCAGGAAGACGAUUCCUCCUACAAGGUGGAGUUUGUGGACUACGGAAACUCAGCAUUUGUCAGAAAGGAAAAGAUCUACUUUUUACCGGAACAGUUCCUAUCCCAGCCAAGGUUUAGCAUACCAUGUUCACUGAUUAACACAUGCACCUAUAGAGAUGAAGCUUCUUUCAUCGAAGCUGUGACAGAGAAGCCACUCUUGGUUGAGUUUGUUUGUCAGAUUGGGGAUCACUGGCAAGUCAAGGUUGAGCUUCUUGAUGUUCUUGAUGAAGAAGCUGAAAGCGAUGCAACACUUAAUAGCACCUCUGUAGCAAAAAGCAAAGAAGCGAGUCAAUCACUUUUAUCUGAUUUCACUCCAAGUCCCUGUAAAAAGAAUCUCAGAGAAGAAAGUCAGCAAAGUGAAAAGUACAGAGAAGCAGCAUCCACCAUAAAAAAUGAGAGUUUGAAGCCAAAACCAUCAGCCAAGCAGAAAGUCCGAAAUACCAGGGGGAGUGGACAAAGAUACUAUAGAAGAAAGCACUACAAGAAGUCAAAAACAUCUUCCAUCCCAGUCUCCAGGGACUGUCCAGAUGUGUUCAUCCAUCAGACUGUUCAGGCCAUAGAGACAGAAACUGGAACCAUUCUUUCAGUCCAGAGUGACAGCAGCUUUUAUGUCAGACUGACUAAAGAAAACAACUUGCUAACAUCGAUGGAAAGACAUAUGAUGGACAACAUAAAGAAGUUCAGAACUGUGCCUGAGAAGGAUGUCAAAAAAGACCUGAAAUGCUUAGUCCAGGCUGAGGACGGCAAGUGGCGGAGAGCUGUUGUUCAGCAGAUACAUGAGAGAAGGUUUGAGGUCUUCCUGGUGGAUCAUGGAAUAACUGUAGAAAUUCCAAGAGGGCCUGUCCCACAGCAAUGUACCAACCUGGAAGAGGUCCCAAACCUUGCUUUGUUGUGCAAGAUAAACAGUGUUGGACUCGAUGAGGGGAUUGCAGCUCAUCAGUGCUGGUAUGAAAUGCUCAAACCGUUAGUAGGCACUGAGGUCAAGCUGAUAUUUGUCCAAAUUUCUGAGGCUGAUGAAAUUUGGCUGGUUGAAAUUGCCCUGAGUGAACUCUUGCUUAAGUGUCAAAUCAAGGCUUCAUUGCACAAAAAUGGAGACAAGACUGCAUUAGCAGCUGAAACUCAAAAUGAGGCUUCACCAGAUGGAUUCACCGCAGACACCAGCACUCCUCAGCUGCUCUUCUUUGCUCCCAUUGAGACAGACAAAGCUUACUCUGGCUUUGCAUCAGCAUUUACCACUCCCUAUGAGUUUUGUGUUGUCCUCGAAGAUUUACUCCUCAUCAUGGAUAAAGUGUCUAUAAUGUUGGACAACCUGCCUGGCAAUAUGCCUUCUCUUCCAGAGGCCCACCUGGUUCCAGGUGCCUGCUGCCUGUUGAUGUCUGAAUCCAAGAACAAGUGGUCCAGGGCUCAAAUCAUUCACGUUGACACCACAGUGGUCCUGAAACUCGUCGAUUAUGGGCAUCACGAGGUCAUACCAUACCAUGACCUCUCCAAGCUGAAGCAGCUUCCAAUAGAGCUUGCAAACCUCCCAAAAAUGACUUAUUCCUGCAUUCUGAGAGGGGUGAAACCGGCCGGUGUGGACGGACAGUGGAGUGAUGAGGCGGCAGCCUUCUUCCAGGAUUGUUUGUACGAGAAAGAUCUGCAGAUUUUCUUCAGAGAGUUUGGCCCCAACUCCAUCUGGAGAGUGGACAUUGUUGCUGAUGGAGUCCAUAUCGCCAAGAAGCUGGUGGAUGCUGGACAUGCAAACUAUAUAGAUGUAUUGCUUGGACGCAGGUUUCAGGAGUUGAGUUCCUGUAAAGAACCUCAGGUUUGUGAUACCGAUGAAGAAGACUACAAUGACGUUGAGGCUACUGAUGAGUGCAAAGUGAACACCUCAGUCAGCUCAGAGUCCAGAUCAAGUCAAUGUUUCCUGAUGUGAAGAAAGCUUCAAGUGUUUGCUGCAGUGUUUUUUUUUUGUUUUUAAAUCAGCCACACAACAGAAGUUUAUGUUUAAAUGUAUAUGUAUUAACAUUUAGCUGUAUUGAUUUGUGGCUGAUUAUGUUUGUUGUGUUAUAAUUUCCUCACUCAACCCUUUUCAUUCCUUAAACUUAGUAGAAGUUUGUUGCUCUGGAGAAUUACAUUUGUUAGAGGCUCCUCAAAUGUGAUGAUUAGUUUUUUUGAGAUUUUUAGGUUAGCCUUGUUUUGUAUGUGUAUUUUCAAGACUUUCGAAGUCUUUCUUUAUAUUAAGUAGGGAGAUUGCUUAAAUACUUAACUAAGCGUUUUCUAUUAUUUUACUGGUGCUUGUCUGAAAUAAACUUAUUUUUGUUAAAA